AACAAUGACGCAUAAAUGGGCAGGGUUUUAAAGUAUUUCGCCAUUAAGUUGAUAUAUAAUAUUCACACACCACAGGAGAAGUCAAUAUUUUGAAUAUAUCGUACUAUUUUGUUUUCGUAUAUCGAAAACAAUGACGGGCUUACUGAAAAUGAAGAUGUUCGUAUCACUGAUCGUCCUUUACGUUCUUUUGGAUAACGGACUUGGUGCCCCAGCCUCUGGCCCAGGCAAAGGCAGGUACAUGUGGGUCAAGUGUCGUCCCAAUGGUCAGAAUGCCAACUGCAUCAAACAGAGAGGACCAUUGCAGGAUCUACCAGGACUCCAAGACAGACUUCCAGCAUCUGCUGUCAAGGACCUACUGAAUAAGAACCCUGCGCUUGACGAGCAGGAGGCAACCAGCCUCGAAUGGAAAGAUCAGCAGGAGGAGGAUCAGAAGGAUGAGGAGGCAGUGCAGGAGGAACAAGAAGAGGAGGCGAAGGAGGAGGAACAGGAAGACGUGUAUGAGGAGGAGUUAGAAGAGGAUGCUGAUGAGGAAGAAUACCAGUAUGAGGUAGACCCAGUUCUGGUGGAGCCUGUGGAGGAGCAAUCUGGGGAGGGCUCAGCCGCUGGACCUUUCCUCAAUGACCAGGGCUCUGGGGAGGUAGACUACUCCAGCUUCGUCUUCCCUGAGAAGGUCAUGAUAGAUCAGGUCAUACCUCCAGUUCAGGAGAUGAAAGAAGACCUCCUUCUCCUGUAGAGUUAUUGCAGAGAACAGCAAUGCUUCUGAUAUGACUCAUACUGUUUUCAAAAGUGAUUCCUUAUCUGGCAACAUAUUUAAACAUUAUAUGAACAAGUGUAAAUGCCCGAUUUGAUACAUUUACUGUAUAUAAAACUGUCCUGUCCCGGCUGUUCUGUGUAGGAUAAGCUUAAUUUGCACCUCAUUUUCCAAAAUUAGAUAAGAAUAUCAGGGUUUUUAAUACGUCAUUUGUAUUCAUUUGAUUAAACCAGUGACCUUUAUAUACAUAAACUCUGUGCACAUAAACGGAUUUGAAGGGAUUUUUUGUUUUUUGCUUUUCUUGCUGUAUUGAUACAGUUACAGUAAUCGAUGUAGCACCUUUGCCCCCCCAAAAAGCCUAUAGUCUAUAAGUAAUACGUUAUUUAAAAGUUUCAAUGUAGAUCUCAGUUUAAAAAAUCUGUAACCAGGCUUCAUUUCUGUCCUGAAACCUAGCCUAUCAUAUGUUAUUAGGUGCAUGACUGCAUAGCUACUACUAAAUAUCUGUAGUGGUCACAAUUAGACAUGUUAUCACUCUUUUCUUGUCUUAUUUCUAUCAAUGGGAUGAAAAACAAAAGUGUAUGGAGGAUUGAAUAAAGAAACAUUUUGAACCAAACAAC